AUAAUAAUAUGAACUAUAAUUAGUGGUAAAACGUACAAUUUGCCACUCAUAAAGUUGCCUUCCAUAGAUGGCAAAGUUACACCUACACGAUGUUCUCAGGGUGGCCGACGGGACGUUAUCUUUGGCCGUAGUCGCUUAUUUGUUUCACUCUUCCACCAAUGUGUGUAUUAAGGUGCCUUUUGCCAUCUUGGUGGCCAUUGCGAUACUGGUCGCAGCAUCGCUUAUCGCAUUCUCUCUAACUAAUGUCGAAAGAUGGAUAAAACUUGUCAACCUAGGGUUCUCUAGGUCAUAUGUCACCUACAACAGUGCAGCAAAUGCUAAGAUGGGUGAAGAAAUAGAUAUUGCCACAUCUCAAUAUACUAACUUCUCUUCUUCCCUAAAUCGGAGCGUUGAUGGCUCACAGGGGAUGCUUUCGAGAGGUGGAUCUUUCGACUCUCCGCUCAGACGCUCAGGGCUGAGUAUGGAUCAUAUGAGCAACAUUUCCCACCAUAUGUUACCCAUGCUACCAGAUGGCGACCCUAGAUAUGCUAGUUUCUAUAAGGAUUAUAACAGAGCGCCAAAUUAUGCGCGUGCAUCUGAUGAGCUCACCGUACUAAAACGUGUAGGUGAACGAUUAGCAUUUUACACAUACCUCGACCUGGAAGUGCAGAAAAAAUGCAAAUCUAAGUUAUUGCGAUUAUUGUACGGGUUCAAUUUCUGGUUCAAGCACAUGUGGAUCAAACCAUUGCUACACAAUUCCGUAUGGGUGAUCUCUAAUAUCAUCGUCACUGUAUCGUGGUGUAUAGUCUGGGAAUGGGCAGCUAAUUACAUGACGCGAGAGGAAGGUAAUUAUAACCUUUUAAAAUGGUCUGUUGAAAAGGUUCCUGAGGUCUAUUGGAUACUGGAGGGUGCCUUCCAACUAGUAUUUUGCUUGAACUACUUAAUUAAUCUUUAUGAACCGGAUCUGCGUUUGAAGUAUAUAUUUUCUUUGAGAGGAUUCAUUGAUCUGUCCAUGACCCCGGCACUAACGCAAACUAUAGUAUACAUAUCAUCCUAUACGAACCUAGAUGCUGGUGAAUAUGGAUCCAUCAGUCAAUUUGGUCUUUUAUUUUUUGGACCGUUACGUUUUCUCAAGUUGACCCAAGCAGAGGACUUGCUGAACAAGAGCUUUGACAAUCUUUCUGAUGUUCACAUGAUAAUUAUAGGUAUUGCCACUGCUGCAAUGUCACUUCUGUUCUCGUUCUCGGGAAUGAUGUAUCUACUAGAAUCACCGCGUUCUGAUGCUGACUUCCAUACACCAUUCGACUUUAUAUACUUUGGUGUUGCAACCAUGGGAACUGUUGGUUAUGGUGACUUCACGCCAAGGACAUUCAUGGGAAGGCUCAUGUCGAUAUUGCUUAUUUGUACGUGUAUUUCACUGGGAGCAGUACGCUUCAAAAGGCUCAAAGAAGCUAUUACAUUAAGCGAUGUUGAUAUGGGUAAUCGAUUGGAUGUGGGCGGAUACAAGUAUGUACUAUUUUGGGGACCCAUGUCGCCCUACCAGCUCCUUACUUUUUGCCGUUCGAUUGUCAACUCAUUUGAAGGCAUUUUAGAUGCUGUAGUGGUUGCCACACCACUGCCUCUUGAAACAUACCGCGUAGUAUACAGCACAGUCAAGAGAAAUACAAGGCUUAACAUUUGUAUCCUAGGUGGUAGCGAGAAGAUAUGUGCUCCAUCGUCUAUUUACAAGCUCAUAGGUCUAUCCACGCUUACAGUAGUUGUAAACGAUAUGGAAACUGAUACUCACACCGAUAAUAUAGCAGAUGACCGGAUGACAAUUUUGAGAACUGUAGCUUGCCUUAACAUAACCAAACGUCUAGGAGCGUCAAUUGACAUACAACUACACGGAGUUGAGUACGCACCCCUAGUGGAAUCUUCUGCCCUGUUACGUACAUGCUACUUACGGGAGUUGAAAUAUAAGCUAAUAUCAAGAUCUAUAACGUGCAGAGGCUUCUUUUAUCUCAUAUUAGCACUGUUCCAUACCCCUUCAAACAUCAGACGAACACGAGCUUAUGUGGAAGAUUUGUACAAUCUGUUUGCGUAUUCAAACACAAACAACUCGGAAGACGGUCAAUGUAUCACUGAAUACUCACUCAGUGAAGUUACGGAACAGUUGUUCGAAAUUGCCACUGGUAUGCAGUUCCAAAUAUACAGGCUUGUUCUGCCAACAUGCUUCAACGGAAUGACAUUCGUCGAAAUAUCGCAAUAUCUAUAUAAAGCAAAAAAUAUGUUCCUUAUCGGGCUUAUCUCGAAGGACCAUUGUAUCUUGAAUCCACUAGACUAUACCGUUGGAAAAGAGGGUUCCGAGACUUACGAAGCCCUAGUGUUGGCAAAAUCGCUCAGAGAUGUCCUCCAUGUAUCACUACUACAAUCGCCCAACCUUGAUAUAUUGAAAAGCAGUAUGUCGGGCUUUGAUUCCAGCAUCCCAUUAGAAAUAACACAUGCCAUCCAGGAGCACACAGAAGUCAAUGGAUCUACACAAAUGCAAUCACGGGCCACAGAUUUCCACGGCAUUUAUAAAGUUGAUGGAUACGCAGAUGCCACCACUGUUUUUGCGGAAUCACGUUCACAGCUAAUAUUAGUUUGCGGAUGGGUGGUUGACAUGGAUCGUUUCCUAAAAUGCCUAUUGGUAGAUAACAAUGCAAACGUUAUAUGUCUCUCCCCAUCAGAUGUUGUGGAAUCUACGUGUUCCGUUAGUCUUUCAAGCUUUAAACAUGACGUCGUCUAUAUAGACGGCUCUGGAUUGGAUGCAGACACUUUGUUGUACUCUGGUGUCUUGGAAGCCACGUGCGUAGUGAUCCUAAACAGUGAACAGUCUUACGGGAAAUAUAACAAAAUAGAACUGCCGAAAGAUUCGCAAGUUCUACUUGUUAGGCACUUGGUUAACCAUCUCUACUCUAUGUAUAAGAAGCACCCUAGGCCUGUUCACAUCAUAAUGGACAUACAGCACUCAUCGUGCUUAGAAUACCUUGAUCCUUCACUGGUUUCUUCCAUGGAUGCAACAUGUAAAAGGUAUGCUAUGAAUCGUUUAUGGCAGAAUUUCGGGGAGUUUAUGACAAGUUAUGAAAUGGCCUCAGGAAGUAUCUUUGUUCAGGAUAUGUUAUACGGCCUUCUAGCACAUUCAUACGUACCAUCACCUAAUUCAGUUGGGUACGAAAUCAUCCAGAAAUUACUGGAUGGUAAUCGACAAUUAAACGUCUAUAAUCGCGUGUGCCUAGUGGAUAUACCACAUAAAUUUUGCGGCGCAACGUUCCGGAGCCUAUAUAUGCACUAUUUGUUAAUGGAGCAUAAAAUAUCAAUCGGCAUACUACGUGCAUAUCAAGAUCCACUUAACAAGGAGUGUAAACUGUUGAUACUCGUCGCUCCGCAGCCUUCAUUUGUCUUGCACCAAGAUGAUCAAGUUUACUUGGUUGAGCCAAAUAAGGUACAGCAACGUGAAGGUGUUGUGAGGUAAAAUAUUCUCUGAUAUAAUGAUAAUA